AUGACCGGCGGCGACGCUGCAGUUGCAGAUGCCUUCCAGGCCGGUCGCAUACCGCAGGAGAUCAGCGUCGCGUACCUCGAUGAGGAUCGGGAUACGCCGUCGAUGGCGGCGUCCAUCGCCAUGUUCGUGUUGACCCUGGUGGUUGUCAAUGGCCGCGCCUUUUCGAGAUUUUUCCUGAGGAAAAGCUUCGGUGUUGAUGACGCGCUUGCUGUUAUCGGAAUGGCGAUGUUCAUUGCGUUUGUGCCUCUAUGUAUUAUUCUCAUCAACAUCGGAUCGGGUCGGCACUUUGAGUAUAUCCAGUAUGUUAUGACGCAGGAUACCCUGGAAGAAACGGAAAUUCUCGAUUUUACGGCGCAUCUUAUCUAUUCGACGGCGUUGCUUUUCUGUCGGUACUCUGGACUGGCGUUUUAUUAUCGUGUAUGCGGGAUUCACAACGGUUUCCUCCGAUCGAUCAAGGGCCUCGCAGGCUUUCUCUUCGUCGGGUGGCUGACGCAGAUGCUACUCAUUGUCUUCCACUGUCUACCGGUAACAGCCAUCUGGCCGUACGAGUGGCAAACGCAGUUCAACCAGUUCAAAUGCUUGCCUUGGGGCUUCGUGUACGGAAUCAACUCCGCCGUCUCAUUGCUGUGCGACUUUGUGUUGUUCGGAAUCCCGAUUGCCAUGCUGAGGAUGCUGGAAAUGACGAGGAAGCGCAAGAUCCAACUGGCCUGCAUCUUGCUUCCCGGUAUCCUGUAA